ACGGGGUCGAUGGUGGUCCGUUAAAUGCAUGCUUUCAAUCGAUUAAGCCCGACUUGUAGCCGCAAAAGGUGGCAUCGCCGGCUGUCGAAAGGGUUUUUUAGGCUUUAUGUUUCAUAGUUAGCCUUCGAAGUAGCGGAAACAUGGGCGUAGAAGUCGAGACCAUAUCCCCAGGUGAUGGGCGAACAUUUCCAAAGAAAGGCCAAACAUGUGUUGUUCAUUACAUAGGUAUGCUGCAGAAUGGGAAAAAGUUUGACUCCUCUCGAGACAGGAACAAGCCCUUUAAGUUCAAGAUUGGGCGGAUGGAGGUUAUAAAAGGCUGGGAGGAAGGAGUAGCACAGAUGAGCCUCGGCCAGAGGGCGAAACUCACCUGCACACCAGACAUGGCUUAUGGAGCGACAGGCCACCCUGGAGUCAUCCCGCCAAAUGCCACGCUUAUUUUUGAUGUGGAGCUGCUCAAGCUGGAGUGAUGGCUGCUUUACAACACAAAGGUCGAACGUUGACCUGGGCUUCAUUCGCUACAACCUGUUCCUACAGGAGACCAUACCUGCUUGCCGCCUGCCACAACCUUCUGCCUCUCCUCCUUUUUGUUUUGAUUUCUACAUCUUCUUCAUCUCAGUAUUUAAAUGUAAUUUCUGCUGCUUCACUGGCACCUUGUCAUUACAGGUUUUAUUCCAAGAUACCCAUGUCCUGCAAUACUUUUACUCAUAUUUUAAGUUCUGUUUGUUAAAUAAAGAUUUUUCUUUUUUUUAAAUUUCCAUCCAACUCUCUUACAAUCUAAACUGCUUUACAGUUCAAAUAACAGAGGACGGGUACAUAUGUUCAAGGUUCUACAUUUCUGCUCUGUAUGAAACCUGGGCAUUAAAUACCACUGUCUGCAUCGACACUUUGAUAAAGGCUUGUCCUGCUGAAUCCUCUGAAUGAUGUUGCUGUUCAGUUUGUUUUAUAACCUAUCUAUUUAAUGCAAUUGUAUCCUAUCAGAUCCAACUCAGUACUGUACAGCAAUGUUGAAGAGCCAUUAUCACUACAACAGUUUACUGACCAAGUCCUGAAUAAAAUUGGCAUGUACUGUAUUAAGUA